ACUAUUACUUCCCCCUCCUUCCUUGAGUAGCUCAGCAAAACACCACCAUGUCCUCCUCCUCCUUGGCUGCCUCUCUUCCAUUGCUGCUGUUAGUUCUGCUUGUAGUAGCUUUGAAUCCCACCAAAACCUAUUCCCGGGAUGAACCCAUCCUCACGGACUGCGGCGACACCAACUACACCGUCCCCGGCCCCUUCGCCUCCAACCUGGCCGCCCUCCUCUCCAACCUCACCUCCUCCACCAGCGGCUUCGCCACCGCCGUCUCCGAUGCCGCCUCCACCUCCGCCGCGGCCUAUGGCCUCGCCCAGUGCCGCCUCGACGCCACCCCCAGCGAGUGCGCCUCCUGCCUCAACAGCUCCGCCACUGCCGCUCCUGCCCGCUGCCCCCUCCGCACCUCCGCCGCCGUCCGCUUCGACUACUGCCUCCUCCGCUACUCCGACCGCGACUUCUUCUCCCAGUUCAAUGACGACAGCAUCAACCGUCUGAUCAACUCCGAGAACGUCACGGACCCGACGGUGUUCAACAGCCGGUUACGGGACCUGAUGUACGACAUCGCGUCGCAGGCGGCGGCCAAGACAUCGAGGUCCGGGGUAGGGAUCACCAACUACUCCGACUUUGGGAACAUCUACGGCAUGGUGCAGUGCACGCGCGACCUGUCGCAGGAUGAUUGCUCGUUGUGUCUCCAGCAAGCGUUGGCAUUCCUUCCCUACGGUAGGAUAGGGGGACAGGUGGUGAAGGUGAGCUGCGCUGUUAGGUUUGAGAUCGCGCCUUUCUUCUCCCUCUCCGUCGUCCCUCCUCCGCCAUCGCCACCGUCGCCUCCUCCGUCGUCGACAUCAGCUGGCUCCAAUUCUGGAAAAAGCAAAAACACCUCGAGGACAGUCCUCAUCAUAUCCAUUCCUAUCGCUGCUUCAGCAGUGCUCAUCGUUGCCAUUUGUCUCUGGAUACGACGAAGCAAACCAAUUAAAAGAAAACUUCGGCGCAAUUACGAAGAAGUCAGAAGAGUGGAAUCUCUACUAUUUGAUUUGGCCACACUUAGAUCUGCCACAAACAACUUCUCCGAUGCAAAUAAGCUUGGAGAAGGUGGAUUUGGACCAGUUUACAAGGGAACACUUGCGAAUGGAGAUGACAUAGCUGUGAAAAGGCUUUCAAGGAGCUCAGGACAAGGGUUGGUAGAGAUGAAGAACGAGGUGAUUCUCGUUGCUAGAUUACAGCACAGAAACCUUGUGAGAUUACUGGGCUGUUGCUUAGAGGAGGAAGAAAUGCUUCUCGUCUAUGAGUACCUUCCCAACACAAGUCUUGACAAAUGUCUAUUUGAUCCUAACAGGAGGGGGUCAUUAGACUGGGCGAGGAGGUACAAGAUAAUUGAAGGGAUCGCUCGUGGUCUCCUCUAUCUUCACGAAGAUUCACGACUGAGGAUUGUGCAUAGGGAUCUCAAAGCAAGUAAUAUCUUGUUGGAUGGAGAGAUGAACCCUAAGAUCUCAGACUUCGGCCUCGCGAAGCUGUUCAACAUCGACGAGACGCAGGGGAAUACUAGCCGAAUCGCCGGUACAUAUGGAUAUAUGGCACCGGAGUACGCAAUGCAUGGGUUCUUCUCGGCCAAAUCAGAUGUGUUCAGCUACGGCGUACUAAUUCUAGAGAUCUUGACGGGCCAGAAGAAUAGUGGUCAUCAGGAAUCUGGGAGAUUUCUAGACCUGCUCAGCUACGUCUGGAGCCAUUGGAACAGAGGGAUGGCGUUGCAGGUGGUCGACCGAAGCCUGCACGAGCAGUACGGACCACAGGAAGCACUGAGAUGCAUGCACAUCGGUCUGCUGUGUGUCCAAGAAGAGCCGGCGGAGAGGCCGGGCAUGGCAUCUGUGGUGCUUAUGCUCAGUAGUGCCUCUGUCACUCUCCCCACCCCUUCACCACCUGCUUUUUACGUCCAUGGCAGCUCGAUCCAAGAGGCGGCGGAUCUGCUCGAGGCAGACAGGGCGGCUCAGCUGCCUUUAAAAGAAAGAUGGUCGGAAAAUGAAGUCUCCAUCUCUGAGAUGGAGCCACGAUAGUAGAAGCUGUUGAAGAAGAACAUGUAACUAUUAUUUCCCUUUUCAAAUAAUGGAAACCGUCGUUCCACCGUUGUAUGAAUAAAAACUGGCAUCAAUCUCUCUAUGUUUCCAUAAACCACUAGUGAAGAACUAUUGGAAGUUAUUAUGCUUCUACCAUAGUUGAGUUUUUCUGACUAA